AUCCCAUUGCAAGUUGCAAACGUACGACGAGACGCACACAGAAAGAGAGGGAGAGAGAGAGAGAGAGAGAGAUAGACAACAAUGCACACCGUAUACGUGCCGGUGAUCCUCGGCGUAGUGUUGCUACAGGCGAUUUACGUGUCCGCCGGGCCGCCCGACUGGAUACCCCCGGAAAUGUUGGAGAUGGUUCAAGGUGACAAGGAACGGUGUAUGGCUGAACACGGGACGAGUCAAGACCUCAUCGACCAGGUUAACGAUGGAAAGCUGGUGAACGAUCGUGCUAUAACGUGCUACAUGCAUUGUCUCCUCGAUGCGUUCAGUUUGGUCGACGAGGAGGGUGACUUAGAGACCGAAAUGCUGUUAAGCGUCAUACCCGAGCAGUUUCAGGAGAUAGGUAACAAGAUCUUGAACAAAUGUGCCAAGCAAGACGGCGCGGAUGUGUGCGAAAAGAUAUACAAGAUAGCAGCGUGUGUCCAAGGAACGGUACCAGAACUGUGGUUCAUGGUUUAAUUCGACGCACGGAAGGGGUUUGUUUCCACGACCAAGAUUGACGACGUUCUCCGAAAUAUCCCGUGAGGAACGUUUACGAUUUAAAGCGAAUCGCACGAGAAGCAAAACCUAAGGUAUAAAGAAAUAGCGAAGAAAUUUAAAUUACAUAAAACCGAGCAGAUUCGUCAGAUUUGUAUUAUAACAAAUAACGAUCACGAUGAGCACGCAAUACGAAGUCUAAAAGCGAGAA